AGCGUGUGAGACGCGCGCGAGUUGGCCGUCCUCCUCCCUCCUCCCUUUCCUCCUUCCGUGGCGCUUGAGGCGGCGCUUCUUGAGGCGGCUUCGUCGUCGUCUUCGUCGCCUCCGGGUCUCCGCCGCGCGUCUGCCGAGAGAGAGGAUGUGCGAGCCCAGCAAGCAGGACAUCGGCGCCGUUUUCCGGAGGCUCCGCUCCGUCCCCACGAACAAGAUAUGCUUCGACUGUGGAGCGAAAAACCCAAGCUGGGCAAGCAUAACGUAUGGCGUUUUCCUGUGUAUUGACUGCUCAGGGACUCAUCGAUCACUUGGGGUUCACUUGACUUUCAUUCGGUCUACAGAAUUAGAUUCUAACUGGUCAUGGUUUCAGCUGCGAUGUAUGCAAGUUGGAGGAAAUGCUAAUGCUUCUGCAUUUUUCCACCAACAUGGUUGCACUACAACGGACACCAAUGCUAAGUAUAGCAGUCGUGCUGCUCAACUUUACAGGGAAAAAAUUAAGUCACUUGCAACUCAGGCAACACGGAAGUAUGGUACUGAUUUGUGGAUAGAUGGCAGUGGAGCCCCCCCUCUAUCACCACAAGAAAAAGAGGAAGACUUCUUUGCAUCUCACGUUUCUCCUCGGGUUAUCAACACAGAAUGGGAGUUAACACACCAGGAGACAAUAACUCUAAAACAGACUUCUCCAGAAAAUGAUUCAGAAAACAAAGAAGAAGAACCUGAACAUGGACCAAGUGUUGAUUGCCUUAGUGUCUCACCACAAGCUUCAUUAGCCAACUCGGAGAAUGUAAAUGCUUCAAGCACCACACAUAGCAAAGAUGCCAGCUCCAUGAUAAAGAAGAAGCCAAAUCAAGUAAGAAAGGGGCUUGGAGCCAAGAAAGGUGGUUUGGGGGCCCAGAAAAUGAGCAGCAAGAGCUUUAACGAAAUUGAAAAGCAAGCCCAAGCUGUAGAUAAAAUGAAAGAAGAUAUGCAUGCUGGCAAAAGAACUGAGAAGGAAGAGCCGCUGGUGUCGUCAUUACGACUGGCCUACAAAGAUCUUGAAAUUCAGAUGAAAGAUGAAAAAAUAAAUAUGGCUGGUAAAAAGAAAACUGAGGUAGACAGACUUGGCAUGGGAUUUAACAGCAAUAGAAGUGGCAUUUCCCAUUCCGUAAUUUCGGAUAUGCAAAUGAUAGAACAAGAAACGCCUAUACUUGCAAAACCAAGGAAAAAGUACAAUAAUAAUGAUGACGCCGACUCCUAUUUCUCAUCUCCUAGUUCAAGGUACUUUGAUUCCUCCGAAUUGAGAAGUAGCACUUUUUCUAACUGGGAUGACAAUUCUGAUUCCUUCUGGAAGAAAGAGAGCAGCAGCAGAGACUUAGAUACGAUUCUGUCUUCGAAAACGUCAAGCUACUUAGAGAGGCCUUCGUCUCGUCGUAAAGCCGAUUUUGAACCUGCUGCAAGCACAGAUGAGGCCCAGAAGAAAUUUGGCAACGUAAAAGCUAUUUCAUCAGAUAUGUACUUUGGAAAGCAAGACCAUGCUGACUAUGAAGCUAGAGUUCGGUUAGAGAGACUUUCAGGAAACUCUGCUAUAAGUUCAGCUGAUUUGUUUGAAGAACAGAAGAAGCAACCAUCAGGCAGUUACAAUAUUUCACAUGUCUUGCCCACUGCUCCUGAUAUGGCUCAGUUUAAACAAGGGGUGAGAUCUGUGGCUGGAAGGCUUUCUGUCUUGGCAAAUGGAGUCAUGACUUCUAUACAGGAUCGUUAUGGUUCUUAACCAUUUGUAUUCAACUGAACUUGGAUACGCAGAAGAGCUUUUUAAAAACAAACAAACAAACACCACACCUGCCAGCGAUAAUAGUGAAAAUCCUAAAUGAAGGCUGUAGAAUAUUUUGUUUUAAUUGAUUUCACACCUGUAUGUUUUUACCAUGUGUCCUCUCUGGUUCCUAGCCACAUUUCAUUUAACCUAGUGACUUGUCUUUACUUCUGCCAUCUCUUCUGCUGUUUGUGGCUUUUUGGUGCUAUGGAUAGCUUCCCCAUCAUCACUGCCAAGAAUCUGGUUCUGAAGCCAGACAAGAAAGGCGUUCUGUUAUAGACAAGCCAUGAGAUUAUUUUCAUAAUAUAAGCUAGUCACCUUACAGAAGUUCUCUGUGAUAGCUCACUGGCUGUAACCUCAAGUUAGCUCUUUUGCUUACCUCCUUCCACACGUGGCGAUACUGGAGUGGCCAUGAAACUGGUGCCCUUCCUAUCCAGUUGGUAUCUAGACAGAGUGAUUCCUUAGAUAAUCGAAGGUGGGAUUUUCCGUACCAAAAUAUUUAAGCUACUACAUACAUUCCAAAGUCUGAAGUAAGGGAGACCUAAGGGAUUUGGGGCAUUACCUUCCAGAGCUGCAAGGAGGAGUGGAUUGACGUACAAUCCUAAGGAAUGUUUCUGAUCUUGCAGCACUUUGAAAUAAUAAGGGGGUGUUGUGUGCAUCAUGCAAACAGACCCAUAGAAGAGGCCACAAUUUAACACAGAGUUAAGAAUGGGAUGAGUGCCUUAAACUCCGUGUUGGAUUGUACCCGGGAUGUCUUGAUAGUUUAAAACCAGUACUGAUGAACGUCUCAAAAUGGAAGCUAAUUGCUAUGUUCUAGUUGGAAAGUGAAGUAGCAUUUGAAGCAUUAUUCCCCCCCCCCAAUGUAAACAGGCUUGUCUAGAGCAGAGAUUUUGUCACUUGUUAGACUCUCAUUUUCCCCGACCAGCAUUGCCAAUGGCAGGAUUGGAGUUGUAGACCAAAACACCUGACGGGCCAUGAGGUUCCCUAUGCCAACCUGUCCUGUGUUAAAGGACCUCGCUUUUGUGUGUUGACGGUCUAUUUAUUCAUAACAGUUAAGUUUUCUUUUGGAUUUCAAUGUAGGCUCCUUAAGUGCUUUUCAACAAUCAAUAUGAUGUAUAAAAUUAAGACUAAAGUGUUUCUAUCUGUACAAGGAAAUACAUGCACACAAAUAGAUAUAUUAUACAGAGAGAGAAUCUACAUAUGAAAUUUGCAGGGCCAAACAGUCUCUUCUCAGGCUGUUUAAAUUUCUUGGUGCUGUUAACUUCCAUAAGAAUUUUAACACAAUCUUGGGAUCUAAGAACAAAAUACUGAAUACGUGCACAAAUUUAUAAAGAGUGGCUGUGUUUUAGACAGCCUGGAAGCAUAAUUCCUAAAAAUAAACUGAAUUGAAAACUUGGUGGCCUGAAAGAUCACCAAAAAAACCUACAUUGUAUCAGUUCUGUAUCCCCUGCCCCGAACAGCUGCUCAAUAAAUUUAGAAAUAAAUUGUAA